AUGGCGAAUCCGGCUGAGAAACCAUCGAGUUUGCCAGACAAUAAGAUCGAGAUCAUCAACGAUACCCAUGGAAAUAACAUAGACCCAAUCGCUGAGAAGAAGCUACUUCUCAAGUGCGACCUUCGCGUUCUUCCGCCCCUCUUUGUCCUGUUCCUCUUAGCGUUUCUGGAUCGUGUCAACAUCGGCAAUGCGAAGAUACAAGGACUAGUCGAAGACCUGGACAUGACAGGACCGCUGGCUUAUCGCUACAAUAUCGCUCUAUUCAUAUUCUUCGUUCCUUACAUCCUCUUCGAGGUGCCGUCAAACUUGAUCUUGAAGAAGCUCAAGCCUUCAACAUGGCUCAGCUUGAUCAUGGUACUCUGGGGCCUCUCAACCAUCGGGAUGGGACUCGUGAACAAUUUUGAAGGCUUGGUAGCCAUGCGCGUUCUGCUAGGCUUCUUUGAGGCAGGAUUGUUUCCUGGUUGUGUGUACCUCAUCUCGAUGUACUACAAGCGUUAUGAGCUACAAUGGCGCCUCACACUGUUCUUUACUGCAAGCAUCAUCGCUGGCGCCUUUGGAGGUCUCCUCGCAUUUGCUAUUGCUAAGAUGGACGGCAUUGCAGGUUAUGGAGGAUGGCGGUGGAUCUUCAUUAUAGAAGGUAUCAUCACAGUUGUGGCUGGUGUUGUUACAAAGUUCUGGGUCACAGACUGGCCAGAACAGGCAAAGUUCCUCAACGAGGAAGAGAGAGCCCUUCUCAUAGCACGACUCAGUGCCGAUACCGGUGAUGCUGUGAUGGAUAGGCUGGACAAGAGAGCAGCGAAGAGGAUAUUCUCCGACCCUAAGAUUUACCUGGGAACAGCUGCAUACUUCGGAAUCGUGAAUACUGGCUAUGCUGGGUCUUUCUUCACCCCAACAAUCGUCAAAGAACUCGGCUACACCUCCGCCGCCGCCCAAGUACGGUCGAUUCCUAUCUUCGUGGUAGCAACUAUCACUGCGGUCAUCACGGCAUGGCUGACCGAUCGCCUCCGCCAUCGCUACUGGUUCUGUAUCUUCGGUCUCGUCGUCGCAUCGAUUGGGUACAUCAUGCUUCUUGCGCAAGACAACCUCUCAGCUGGCGUCAAGUACUUUGCCCUCUUUCUCAUUGUACCGGGUGGUUACAUCACUCAGCCUGUUGUGCUCGUUUGGAUGUCCAACCUUGUAUCUGGACACUACAAGCGAUCCGUCAGUUCUGCGAUGCAAGUUGGGUUCGGAAACCUAGGAGGCAUCGUGGCGAGCAACAUCUUUUUGCAGAGUGAAAUGCCGACAUAUCCGACAGGAUACGGAGUUAGCCUGGGUAUGUUGUGGAUUUGUGGUGCCGCUUGCACGGCACUUUUCUUCAUGGUAAAGUGGGAAAAUGCAAAGAGGGAGAGGGGUGAGCGGGAUGGGAGGCUGCAGGAGGUAGAUGCCGAUAAUUUGGGUGAUGACCAUCCAAUGUUCAGGCUCACGUCUUGA